AUUUGAUCGGUUGAUUGGACUUAGCAUCAGCGAAGACCAUGAAGACGUUCGCCGCUUGCACGAUUGCUCUUGUCGCCGGCGACUUGGCUGCCGCUUUCACGGGCCCCUUGGCUGCCCGCACCGGAGCUACCAGCGCUGCCCGUGCAUCCUCGAGCUCGGCGGUGUGCAUGUCCGUGGGAGACGAGGCCAUGUCUCGGAAGAACGCGAUCGCGGCGUUUUCCGCGGGGGCCGCGGCGGUGCUCGGCGCGGCGGCGGUGCCGGCGGCGGUUUUCGCGGCGGAGGAGGCGGCGGCUCCCGCCCCCGCCGCUGUCUCUGAGGACGGGCCACCGAGCGACUGGGGAUUGACCAAGCAGUAUUACCCGGAUGCCUCCAAGAUGGUUAGGCACAUGAGGUACUGCACCAACAUGGAGAAGGGAGACCCCUACAUGGCGGAUAUUGCCAACAACUGCAAGAAGGAGAUGGUCGAGUUCGUGUCUAACUACCGCCGCUCGAGCAACAUCAACGGCAAGCUGUCAUACUCCAACCUCUACACGUCCAUCUCGGUGCUGGCGGGACACUACGCCUCGUACGGCCCCAAGUUCCCUGUACCCGAGAAGCGCCGGAAGCGCCUCUUGCAGGAGUACACCGACAUCGAGCGAGCGAUCAAGCGCCAGCGUUAACUUCGCGCCCGCGUCAUCUCGUCUUGUAGCUUCGGCGUUGUCGAGGGUAAGACCGGCAGUUGAUGGGAGCAUGGCUGACGCUAGCCGAGUGAGCAGCCGUUUCGUAGAAAGAGGGACAAAGGGUGUCCCCUCUGUUUUGCGGAAAUUAUAGUUCAGGUUCGCGAUUAGGUAGGCGACUGCCACGUGGGGAGAGGGGGAGGUUAGGGAACACCUUAGACCGAAUUGAUUUAAAGGAGAGCGCGCGUUGCAGUAGAGGCAUGGGACAAGCGACCGCUUUCUCUGUUGAUGGCGCGACGCUUUGUGCGUGCACGAGAACGUGCGUUGAUGUGCGAAAUAGAGUUCUUGAAACGGUUGGAGAGAAAAGAACAUCACCCGCCCCCCCUACCAUCCCACCUUCACCAGUUCGAAGUUGUGAUGGUCUUUAUCGAUGUUUCUUCCUGUGUUCGGGUGUCCGUGGCGGGCAGCGACUACUAGACGCGUUGUUUUUGUUUUUUGUUUGUUCUGGUGUUUCCGAGUAUAAAGAGAAGCUGGCCAAGCGCAGCGGCUGAUUGGUUGGUUACUUCACAGGAACUUAGAAACCUAGCAGGGUGCACACAUUCGGCAGUUAAUGACGCGCCUUUGGGUGGGAAUCCAGCAGUAAUCACAGCGCAAGCAUCAUG